AUGAUCUCACGCCAAGGUCCACGAGGGGUCACCACUGAGGUUCCCACCAGCCCACAGAGAGAGCAUGGCAGCAUCCCCUCCAGCGGCUCCCUCAUGAACCACGACUACUAGCGGUGCCGUCUGGGCUCCACUUCCAGUACCAGCUCCCGUGGAAGUGCCGAGUACCCUGGGGUGGCCAUCCCCCACCACCCGGGUCUCCCCAAAGCCAACCCGGGUCACUGGUGGGCAAGCUUCUUUUGGGGGGAAGUCCGGUCUCCAUUCAUGGCCACAGUGUCAGAGUCCCCAGAACUCUCGGAGUCUCCCCAGGCCUCCAGCAGCAUGAUCACCUGUGAUCUGGCUCGGGAAGCCACAAGGAAGCAGCCUGGCGGCCAGCCCGGCAAAGUCAACGCUGGGCCCCCAUCCUGAGUGGCCACCACCAGCCACCAGACUUCCAGA